AUGAGCGCUAGGGUGGGGCUAACAUUGGAUUGCGAUGCUGAUGACCGAGGAGAAAGUACAGGGGACGUGACGGAAGCAGAAAACGCUGUUAAUGAGAGUAGGGAGCUAGGCGGUCGUGGAGCCGUCGAAUACGAGUGGAAGUCUCUUGGAUUUGAGUCGGACAGUUUGUUUCAAAAGAGUAACGUCGACGUUCAGUGUGACGCGUGUCUCGCAGACAUUGAUGAUCCGAGGACGGUCGAAGCUAUUGUCUUCUGUCGCGAAUGCGGCGAGAAUCUGUGUCGGGAUUGCCGGAAACACCAUCGUCGCUUCCGUUUAACGCGCGGCCAUCAACUAUAUCCAAUCGCCGGAAACGAGGAAACCAUUCCAAAAACCGCGGAAACGGAACGAUGUAAAGAACAUGCCGAUAAAUUCGUGGAAUACUUUUGUGACUAUCAUGGGGAGCUUUGUUGCAAAUCGUGUAAGGAUAUUAGCCAUAGCCAGUGUAUCUACGUCAAGUUCAUUCCCGAUGAAGCCGGAAAUGUCCGUGCGGGCGAUGAGAUUAACGCUUAUCAAACUAACAUUUCUUCCCUCAAGGCCCGUGUUGAAGACACUAUGAGGAGGAAAAACAAUUACAUGAAUAGAAUUGAAAAGCAAGAACAAGAAGCUAUCACAAGAAUCAACGGGUUGACAAAUGUAGCGACGGAAGUGAUUAAUAGGUUGGCUAAGGACGCCGAAGAUGAAGUUCGUGGUUUUAAGCAAAACGUCGCCCUACAAACGUCUAACGAGCUAGACACUUUGGAGGAAGCUAAAAAGGCUUUAAACCGAGUUGAAAGAAAAAUGACCAUGAUUUUGAAAUCCGCCAAUAAUGCGCAGAUUUUUAUUACUCUGAAAGAAUCGUUGGGACAGUGUAAGAAGUAUGCAAGUUUUCUUGAGACGUCGUCGGAGACGACGCAUGAAGCGGAAAUCAAAUUCUACACCAAUAAAAGGUUCGAGGCCAUGCUUCAAAGUGUGACAUCCAUUGGAUCAAUUGUUCAAGACGACGUUUAUUCCAUGGCUUCGCUUCCCUCAAGCCAAUCGUCAUCCGCUUCAUCGCUCCGGAAGCGCUUAUGCGACGUGAAACAAGUCCGCAAGUGGGCGCAACCGAUCGGAGGUCACUCGAUUCGCUUGACUGAUGACAAAACAACGUGUUGCAUUUCCGGUUGUAAGUUUCUCCCCGGAAGGAGAUUGGUAUGUGCUGACUACAACAACCACCGAAUUAAACUUUUUGAUGAAAAGAUUCGGCUUCUCGAUCAUUUUCCUCUGAAAUCCCGACCCUCCGAAAUAGCCGUUUUAGAUUCUAACAAGGAUACGCCGAAAUUCGCUACAAUGUUGAUCGAGGAGCAAUGUUUUCAAGUGAUGAGUGUCACUCAAAACCGUUUGAACUUAGAGACUAAGAUCCCAACAAACUAUCAAUAUUCAGGGUUUGAUUUUUCGCCCCACAGUGAUGAAAUAUUCGCUUCUUACCCUAAAGAGGACGGGUCAGGACAAAUACACGUAAUAGAUCUAACCGGAAACAUCGUACGUACCAUUGACAACUACCUAGUGCGACCUACAGCGGUUCACAUUGACCCUGAAUGCGACAUGUUAUACGUUAGCGACAGCGGACGGAAUUGUGUGGUGGGCUUCGACCUUGUACUAGACAACGGGAGAAAAAACGAAGAACCAGUGUUUAACUACACAGACCGCAGUCUUGAGCUCCGGAGCGCAAUAGUUGCCGACACCGACGAUAAUGUCUUCGUUUCGAGCGGCAGUAGUGUUCACCAGAUCACGCGAGAAGGGACCAAAGUGUGCGAGAGUUUAACGAGAGGAGAUGGACUGGGCGUCGCACACUGUUUGGCCUAUUGUAAACAACGAAAUAUUUUGCUUGUGUCGGAGUAUAAAGAAAACACCGUGAAAUUGUUCACGCUCUUGCCAAAAUGCUAG